GCUGCAAAGAGAAAGGCAAACCACACACAAGAAACAAAAACUAAACACGAUUGACUGCAGAGAGAGCCUCAUGUAUUAGCGUUUUCAGAAAAAAAACAUUUAAAGAGACUCAGCAAGAAGAAGAGAAGUGAAAGAAAGGAAUGCACAGAGAGCAAGAGAGAGAGGCUGACGUAUUAGAGCAAGGUGGCUACAGUAGGCAGUGGGCGUGUUCUUCUUUUGAUGUAUAGUUGGGAAGCCCAGUGUCAUCUGCUUAAGCACCGAGCAACUGUGCUGAACAGGACUGAGAAACCCAGCGUGGAAUGCCAUACCUUUGGUCUACCUCAAUCACGAUGGCACUGCGGAUGUGGACCCCUUUUUUAUUAUUCUUGUGACACUUUGAUCCAAUAAAACAUACACGUUCUACUAAAGAAGAAUUUGAAACAUUUUGAAAGCCAGCUUGGCUCUGCGGCUGAGAGAGGACUUUAAUGUGAGAAGAUGUGAUGUGCUUUUUUGCAAUGCAUGCAGCGGCAGUUGUGUCCUGUUUCUUUAGGAUGUGCAGAUGUGUGCAAAAGUGAAGCUUAUAGCUGGGUCGGAGUUUGGUAGCAUCUGGAUUGGUGGUUUCUGAUCUUUGGCCCAGGAGAAGGGAGCAUCGGGCAGGGCACCUGAUGGCCCAACUCCCUUCUAGUUCCAUCUUCAUCCUGGGUCACUGAUACUCCUUCUAGUGGGGCAGAAUCUGUUGGAAAAUACAAUGUAUGGAGGUCUAUGUGAAUUUAAGGGGAAGUGUGCAUGGAUCCUCCAGCCUAGGUCAGAGUUUGUUAUUGCACCGUGGACUCAGGGACAGACAGAAGACACUUUGAUCUACAUUACAGUAAAGACAAAGCCCUUUUAAUGCAGUGCAAAGACUUGAAGAAUGAUGAGCUCCAAAGAGGAGGAAACACUCAACUUUUUUCAAUAUGUUGAGGAGAAUGGACUGAGAGCCUACAACGGCCUGGUGGCUCAGAACUUGGACCAUGCCAGGAAUGAGAGAAACAGAACAUUCCUGCAGGAAAAAAAAGACAAGAAAAGAAAACAGGAGGAAGCCAUAAGAAGAACUGGUGAAGAUAUAACAACAGAAGGCAAGCACUUGCGAAUGGGCUCAGUAACCAUGCCUGACCCCCAGAAGCGCAUCCCCUUGCCCCAGCUGCACACCAUCGCCUGCGGGCAGGGCUUUUCCGUUCGCUCCCAGUCCCUCCAUUCUGUCGGUGGUGGGAGUAACAGUGGAGGAGGAGGAGAUGAGGAAGUGGGCAGUCCGACCUCUAGGAAGCAGCCACCGCCCAAGCCUAGGAGAGACCCGGCCACCAAGCUGAGCAUGUCGUCUGAGGCAGUGGACCACAGCGCUAUGUCCACCUGCCACGAGGACAGAUGUGACGCAGCACAAGGAUGCAAUGAGGACUGUAGGAGGGUGCCACCUCCCAAACCCAAGAGGAACCCCAACACACAAUUGAGCGUUUCCUUUGAUGAGUCGUACAUUAGGAGUCAUGGUAGCAGUGGUGUGUGCCCAUCCAAGCCCCUCCACCUCACCACAUCCCCAUGUGAACAUAACCCCUCACCUCCUCAGAGCAAUGAGAGUCCUACAGACGACUGUGAGGAUGAGCCUGUCUAUAUAGAAAUGGGGGGUAUUGACAUAAGGCCCCGAGAAGCAUUGAAGAGUGAGGAUGAGGAGCCAGGAGAGUCCGUGUAUGAGGAAAUGAAGUAUCCAGCACUGGAUGAUAUGGAGUACCGCACCGACCCUGUAGGAUGUCGUUCUGCCUGCCCCACCCCGGCACCCUUUGACCCUGAGCCACUCAGUCGCUGCUCCACACCUCGAAACAUUCCCCUCUGUGACAUUCCUGCACCCUUUCCUAAUUUACUCACUCACCGACCCCCGCUGCUGAUGUUCCCUCCAGCACCAGCCCAGUGCUCUCCAAACUCAGAUGAGUCCCCCCUCACACCUUUAGAUGUAGCCAAAUUACUAAUGCUGGAGAACCAGCCAUACAGCAAAUCCCCCACCUCUUCAAACGACCCUCCCUCUUCUGCUCACAUCCGUCGGGAGCUCACUGCCACCCCGACACUAACAGUCUCCGGCCGCUCCUCUGCACCUCCACUUCCCUGUACUCUCUAUAAAUCCUCCUCAUCGUCAUCCUAUCAGCGUAGCCACUCUGCCUGCCCAUCACCGGUUAGCAUGGGCCGCUGUCUCACCCCUCUGAGUCUAAUGCGCACACCUCCAUUUGACACUCCAAUGCCGUUUCCUGGGGGUCUUCCUCGGAGUGCCUCUGCUACCCCUCAUGGCAAAGGUUCCCCACCUCAAGAAGGUGUUGGACGACUCCACGGAUCUAUGCAGAAUGUGUCAACCGGUCGUUCACGGACACCCACCAGUCCACUCGAUGAAUUAACAAACCUGUUCACCACAGGCAGGAACAUGCUAAAGAAAAACACCAGUGGAAGAAAAUCUAAAGAACCUGGAGAGACUGAGUCUAAGGUCAAGUCUCACAGUGAUUCUAAGCGGGAAGGUAAGGAACGCCACAGCAAGGAGUCCAAACGUGAGUCUAAAGAGCGCCAAGGCAAGGAGUCUUCUCAUCGAAGAGAAAGAGACAAAGACAAAGACAGAGGCAGCAGCAAUACAGAACCUCCGCUCCACAGACGCAACAGUAAAGACCACACAUCCAGCAGCACCGACAUGCCACUUGUCUGCAGGGAUAGUAAGGAUCAAGCCUCCAUUGGUCUAGAGUUUAUCCCUGGAAGACGGGACUCCAAAGACAGAGGCUGCACCUCCAUUGAUCCCAUACCUUUAAUAAGAAAAGACUCCAAGGAAAGAGGUAUUAGCAAUGGUGAGCUGAUGCCAAGGAAAGACAACAAAGACCGGAGUGGGGGACAUGUAAUAGAGACUUCACAAAGACAGGACAGUAAAGACAGAGACAAACUAAUAGAUCAACCACAUGAGCCGUUAUCAAGACAAGACAGCAAGGAAAGGGCAAGGAACAGUAUGGAUUACAAGCAUGAAAGCAGAGAGAGACUGUUGGAUCGGCCACCUGAGCUUUUACCUCAACAAGACAGCAAAGAGCGAGCCAGGAAUGGUUUGGACUCAAAGCAAGAUAGCAGAGAGCAUCUGCCUCGUCAAGAAAGUAAAGACAAAACUAGAAAUGGACCUGAAUAUAGGCAUGAUAGCAAAGACAAUCGUCCUGAUUUGUUACUCCAUCAAGAGAGUGUAGACAGAGAAAGAAGUAGCACUGAACAUAAAUAUGAAGGAAGAAUAGACCAGCCUCCUGAGAUGCUGCCGCGACAAGAAACAUCCAGGAGUAACAGGGUUGAUUUUAAGUAUGAAGGCAAAGACUGGAGCUGCCAGAAUGGAGGGGAUCUUCCUCCCCCUCUUUUACCAAGGCAGGAGAGUAAAGACCUGAGUAGGACAGGCCUCGAAGUGAGACGAGACAGCAAAGACAAAACUCUUAUUGGCUCAGAGCAGCAUCAUUAUGAAGUCAAGCGCACUAAGAGUCCUCCUACAAUGGAGUGUAGAUGUGAUAAAGAAAGUGGGCACAAGUCAGAAGGUACACCACGGCGUGAUAACAGAGUUAUUUACAAUAUGGACCAGUCAAAAGCACAAGAGAGCAGCACAAUUUCAGGGCAGCAUUCAUCAACUACUACACCCACUCAUCAUGGGAAAUCAUCCGGUAGCCCACCUUUGACCGCAGGAACUGGAAACGAUUUGAAAACAGCAUCUAAGUAUAGCCGCACCCAUUCACUGCCCAAUACUCCGUCCCCAAUAGGAACGCCCCAAAGGAGAGCAUUUGAGACACGUCAAAGUCAGAUGCCACAGAUGCCAUGGAUAUGUGGAGACACCACUAUGCUAGAGCAGAUAGAGAGAAAGCGUAAGCUUUGUGCGGAGAUCCUCUCCAGACAGCAUCCGCACUUGCAGAGAUAUCUGGAAAGGCCUCCACCUCCUGACAAGAAUGAGGACAGGUACCAUGAGGGAAGUCAAUGCAAGCAGGAUAGUGUGUCUGUUCUCGCCGGCUGUGGAAAGAGCAGCGGAACCAAGAAGAUCCGACCUCCUCCAUACCCAACACAGACAACUGUAUUCUGGGACACAGCCAUCUGACAUAAAAAAAAAAAAAAAAAACCUUUAACCUCCUAACCACAUAACCCCCACAUGCUCACUCCAUCCACCUGCUUGGUGAUACUGGGUCUCCCCUGCAACAAUGCUUCAGGGUGACCACAAAGAGCACCAGAGGGGUAAGACUCUGUGAUGUCAGGACUAUAGUAGUUACCACUGCAAUAUUUCUGCUUGUUCAGGUUGUCACAUUUUCUUAUCAUCACUGGUGAUAUUUGAUAUUUUUCUAUUUCCUGUGACUAGACUCUUGUAUAUUGAUAAGAAGGGUAGAUAUUCAAUGAUGAAUAGAUAUUUUCUAAAUAAGCUGAAGGGGAACAAAAAGCAUCUUAAAUCAUGUAUAGUAGACUUCAAUGCAAUCUAAUAUUUGUGUCAAUGUUAUAUUUUGUUCAGUUUAUUUUACUUUAAAAAAACAUAAUCUAUCAAUACUUGUACUGUAGUAGCAUAAUUUUUUUAUGCCCAACUCUUUCUUUGUGUGUGCCCAAAAGCACUUAAUUUCUGCACAAAAGCUCAAUUCUAUCUAUAUUCUUCACAUUUUCACAGUUGUAUUGUCAAAGAUUGAACAUUGACGUGAUUCACUGUAGAUGGAAAGAAAGGCUCUCAAGGCCUUUUGAAAUCUAUGUUCUAGAAUGUACAGCAGCGGAUCCUAGAACAGAUUCAUCUUCUCUUCUGUGAAUCGCAGUUACAAGCUGUGUGCUCGCAAACUCAAAGCCUUUCUGAAAUGGUUGAGUCAUUAUACCUGUUGCUUGACUUGAUGUAAAAGACAGAGCAAUGUUACAAAGUAGUCCAAACAAAGCUAUGAGGUUGAGUUUGAUAGGUAGUAAAUUAGAACAUACAUUUUAAUAGUUUAAGACCAACCAAAGCGUGCUGACAUGUCAAAGGUGUAGUGCUGGUUUUUGAUAAGGGCCAUAUGGGAAGUUGUUCAGGGAGGUAUUAGAAAAGGGGGUGCACGAACACCAGACAAACAAGAAUAACUUCUGUCAGUUGUGCCAUUACGUUUUUUUAUUGCUUUUAUGCAGUUGAGUGGGAGUCCUCUGCUUGUUGCUGAGAAUAGAAAGACUAGCUUACCUGCUUUGUGUGGGACAGCCUGCAUUUUGCCCCAACUCAGAAUCUCAGAAAACUUCCUGCAUUUUAAUUGGUUGGCAUGCAGCAGCAGAAGUUCACCUUGGGUGCCAUUAAUAUGAAAACUGCCACUGCAAAUUGGUGUGGUUGCACUCAGAAGGUUGGGUUUUUGGCAGGAGCUUGUGAAUAAUGUCGCCCUUAUAAUGCAGUGCACAAUAUAACCACCAUAACAAAUAUGUAAAUAUCUGAUGCCAACACUUAGCCCGUACAAUCAAAACCUAAGCUUUUAGUGAAUUUCCUAAUUUUACAGCAGAUUAUUAUAGCCAUAUGCACUUGAAGAAAUAAUGUUCAAUGUUAUGCUUAUAUAUCUUUUUGGGAAUGGUUAAGAGUGAUGAGUUUGCCAUGUAUGGUUUAAUUUAUUGGCAAGAAAGUAAAGCCUCAGGAGUAUGGCUGUGUUCAACAUGCAGUCCUUCAUAUUUGGUUGUCUUUGACAAUGUUCCCAAUCCAGAAUUGGUUGGCAACCACUUUACAAAUAUCAGAUUGUUUAAGGACCUAUCACAUUAUAAUCAUGAAGACAAGGGGUUGCACAAUGGCCUUUAAAACAUUUGGGCUUUUUAAAAAAAAAGCAGCAUUACCCAUCAUUUACUAAUAAACUGGAUCAGGCUGGUGAUCUAUAUGUCCUUCUUUUCCUGUUCUCAUCCUCUACCUCAACCCUAUUCUUACAUCUUCAUUGGUAUUCCUUUUGUACAUUAAAUUGCAAUGUUAACAUUACCAAAAGCACCAUAAAUUUGAGAAAUGAGCCAGUUCUGAGUGUCCAGGUGCAGCACCCCUCACUCUGGUGAAGAUUAAAGAAAGACAAUACUUCGUGCUGCGUGUGUGAAGAACAAGGCUGUAUGUGUGUGUUUGUGUGUGAUUGCAUGUUUGUGAGUGAGUGCCAAGCUACACAGGUUUGCAAGUCGCAAUGUCAAAAUGAUUGUUUUAAAGACAUUCACUUUGCUCUAUCAUGACAUUGAUGGGUGAAGGGUGGAAAUGUAAUAUUAACGAUGUACAAUCUUUUUGUGUGUAUGAACACGCACUGUGAAAAGGUAGAGAGAGCACCGCACUGUCAGUCCUCUGUCUGUAUUGCACUGUGUUCUCGUUUUGCAUUAUAUUAAAAAAGAAAAGGAAAAAAAGUCCUGUAUUCUGAUUGUCACUUGGGUUCUAUUGAAAGAAAUAAAUAUGAAUUUCAAACCUGCAA